CAAAAGCAUGCCAAAAUAAAGCAGAACGUGAGGGUGGACGAAAUACCGAUCUUAGUGUCCGUGUCACCAUGGAUACUACUCUACUCUCAUCCUGCCUCAUUCUCCUCUACGUCUCCUUCUUGCUCUUCUGCUUCUCCGUGCCGGCGUCGGCGGGGCUGUGCAACAAGGACGACAAGCGGGCGCUGGUGGCCAUCAAAGCCGCCUUUAACAACGCCUACCACUUCGCCUCCUGGACAAACGGCUCUGCCUGCUGCACCUGGUACGACGUCGAUUGUGACGACCGCGGCCGCGUCGUCGGCCUCAGCCUCUUCCGGGACGACUUCCCAGGCACUAUCCCCGACGCCGUCGGAGACCUCCCCUUCCUCACCUCCCUCAUGUUCCACCACCUCCCUAACUUGGUCGGCCCCAUCCCCCCAGCCAUUGGCCGCCUUUCCAAACUCCGUUUUCUCGACAUCAGCUGGACCAACGUAUCCGGCCCAGUCCCCAACUUCCUUGCCAGCCUCCCCUCACUCACCGGCCUCGACCUCUCCUUCAACAAUCUCUCCGGCCCCAUCCCCUCAGCCCUCGCUCACGCCCCUGCCAGCCUCAACUCCAUCGAUCUCAGCCGCAACAAACUCACUGGUCCGCUCCCGCCAGGGAUCUUCUCCAACACCUCCGGGGCCUACCUGCGCCUCUCCCACAACGGACUCUCCGGCGAGGUCCCGCCGUCGUACGGCGCGGUGGAGUUCUUGCAGGUGGACCUGUCGCGUAACCGAUUCACGGGGGACGCCUCCUUUCUGUUCGGACGGGGGAAGGGGACGCAGCAGAUCGACCUCUCCAGGAACGUUUUCGAGUUCGACCUCGGGAAGGUGGAGUUCCCAGAGGCGGAGUUGAUCGCGCUGGACUUGAACCACAACAAGAUCUACGGCAGCAUACCGAAGCAGAUCGCCGAGGUGGAGAACCUCCAGCUGUUUAACGUGAGCUACAAUAGGCUGUGCGGGGAAAUUCCCACCGGCGGGAGGUUGGAUCGCUUCGACCAAUACUGCUACCUUCACAACAAGUGCUUGUGCAGCGCCCCGUUGCCGCCCUGCAACAAGGGAAGGGAUGGAGAUUGGUCAAGGUGGGGAUAAGGAUAUGUAUUGACUUGGGACCAUGUUUGUGUUGGAUGGAGAUGAUCCUGAGAUAAUGACAUGGUCUAGCUGUACUGUGCUAUUAUAUAUAAAGCUAAAAAUUAUAUGUUAAUUUA